AGGCAGUUCGGGUCAAGCCGUGGAGCCCCAGAUGCCAACCUGGCACGGGCAUUGUAGAACAUUUGGUGUGCCAGUUGCAUUCUCGCUGGCCGCCGAGCCCGCAGAGCGCUCUGGACAUGCAGGCGCAGCCGCCAGACUUCAUCGCAGCGCUGGAGCAGAUGUCCACGUUGAAGGACUACUUGCUGUAUUUGCAUGAAAGCGAAGUCGCGCAGCUCAGGGACGAGGGCGAUCGCCUCAAGGAGCACGUCUUCACUCUCCGCAGCCUCGUGAAGAAGGACGGUGACGACGACGAGGCGAGCGAGCAACCCACCACGGUGAGCGCGCAGGGCGAGGCGUCGCACGCUGCAGGCCCCGCGUGGGCCUGCGAGCCUGGAGCGCUCGCCGUCCGGAAGGUGCUGACGGAGCCAGCGAUGCUCCAGACGCCGCUGGUCCUCCCGGGCCCGUCCAGCACCGGCCCCUCGUCGCAGAGGCUGCAGGGCAGCGGCAACCGGCGGCCCUCGGAGAGCAGCUGCAGGCCUUCGGAGGGCUCCGAGGUCCAGGAGUCCAAGGAGUCGUGCCGGAGGUCCAUGUCGCCCAGGUCGGAGGACACCCGCAGCAUGGUGCGCGAGGUCAUGCGGAUAGACUCGGGGCGCAGCGUGGUCCGUAGGAACUCCUCCGAGGGGCGCGAGCGCCAGGUGAGCCGCCCGACCUCCCAGGGCGCCGGGCCCGACUUCUUCGCGGUCGUCCCUCCAGACCAGGGCCCCGACGUCGCGCAGACGUCCUCUCGCCGCCGGCGCGGGGCCAGCCGGACGCACACCGCGACGGGGCCGCCGCCGGAGAGCGCCGCGCAGCGCAAGGGCAGCCUCGGCAGCGCGAGCAACGACAGCGCGGAGCUGUUCGCGACGGGCUCCAGGUCGGUCGCCUCGCGCCCCAGCAGCAAGGACCUAGACGGCGAGCGCUUCCACCUGCGGGAGGUCUGGAGGGAGGCCUCGAGCGUGCUGCUCACGUCCACGAAGAACUGGCGCGGCGCGUCGGGCCCGCAGCACCCCUUCGGCAUCAGGCAGCUGUCGUUCCUGGCCACCAACAGCGGAGGCAAGCGGCAGAAGGAGGGCCUCUGCAACCUGGGCCCUGGCCUGCUGCACCCGGCGUCCCGGGGGCGGCUGCUCUGGGAGCUGUGCACCACGCUGCUGGUGAUCUACGACAUCGCGGUGGUUCCUAUGCAGCCUUUCGGCUGGCCUCCAGAGCCCUUCACCAACGCUACGGACUGGGUCAGCCGGGUCUUCUGGACAGUCGACAUCGGUGCUUCUUUCUUCACCGGCGUCUACAUCGAUUUGGAGCUCGAGCUUCGCUUCUGGGAGGUCGCGAAGCACUACGCGAAGGGCUGGAUGGCGUUCGACGCCGUCAUCGCCAUUUCGGAGUGGAUUCCUGUCUUCAUUAUGCCGAGUGGGGGCGGGCCUGAUGGAACGGGGACUUUGCUGGAUCAUUUCCGCCUUCUUCGGUUCGUUCGAACCUUCCGGCUCUUGAAGCUUGAGAUGGUGUUCGAGCGUUUCGGUUCGGUGUUCAAUUCGACGGUCGCAUGGAGGAUGAAUAAUCUGGUACGGAUAUUCCUUUAUUUUGCCGUUGGGGUUCACGUAAUUACUUGCGGCUGGUUCUGGGUGGGAUCCCGUUCGAGGGGUGGUUGGGUCGCCAGGGUGAUUGAAGAGGAGGCGGGGGUGGAUUACCAGUAUCUGACUUGUGUGCGGUGGACUUUGGCGCAGCUACAUGGCGUUAGCGAGGUUGAGCCAAGCAACACUUCGGAGUCGAUGUACGCUAUCGUUGCAUUUCUGCUGGGCUUGGGAUCGCUGUGCCUGCUGAUUGGCUCUGCCAAUGCGGGGAUGCUGAAACUUGAAGAGAUGCGCUCCUCCACGGUCAAGCAGCGCCUGCUGCUGCGUUCUUACCUCAGGAAGAACAACAUCUCGCGCGAGCUGUCCCUGGCGGUCAAGACGUGCAUCGAUGUCCACAUGAAGCUGUGCAACAAGGAAAGCAAGGCGGAACAGGCCAAGGAGGUCUUGGCAGUCCUCCCGCAGAACCUUCAGAUGGACAUCGAGGAGGAGGUCCGCAUGCCGAUCGUGAUCGCGUACGGCUUCUUCGGCGACAUCCACGACUGGAACCCCCGCAUCGUGCGGCAGCUCUGCCACGAGUGCUGCUCGGAGAAGUCCGUGCGCCCCGUCGAGGUCGUCUUCGCUGCCGGCGACGCGUGCACCUCCAUUCGGAAGAGGGCCGGUCAGGCCGUCCUCUGGGUGACGGCGUGGGAGCACUGCGGCGAGUUUAGGGCCGCGGCUGGCGGAGGGCUGUUGGUGCUGGAGGCAGCGAAGUUCAUAACGAUGCUCUCGCUGCACCACGCCAGCGCCUGUGCAUACGCAAGCAGGUACGGUCGCAAGUUCGUGCAGCAGCUGAACGAGAUGGCCGAGAGCUGCUGGUCCGACGUCGUGGACAGCAUCCACAUCGACAAGGAGGAUAUCCUCGCAGAGGAGGAGCGCGCGACAAGGAUAGACGACCUCGCCGACGAGGCUGCGACCGAACGUCGCCUCAACAAGUGCAGGACGAUGUCCACCGUCACCCACCAACACUACAUCUUCAUCUCCCACCACAAGGCCGGCGGAGGCACCGAGGCCACGCUGAUGCAGGAGGCCUUGGAGCGCAUCAUCGACAACGACCCAGAGAAUCCUGGGUACCACAUGAUUGCGCCCGUCUUCCUCGAUUCGGAAGACCUGACCGACCUGAGCGAUUUGAAGGGCCACGUGCGGAACACCAUGAAUUUGGUAUUGCUGCUGACCGAGGAGGUGUUAAAGCGCCCAUGGGUGCUGAUUGAGAUCGCCACUGCGCACCAGACUGGCGUUCACAUAGUGCCCGUCGAGAUCUACAAGCGGGACGACAAAACGCCGUUCAAGUACCCUGACGAGACGUUCUACAGGAAGUUGUGCAGUGGGGAGCUCCUGACGGAGGCCGACAACAAGCUCAUCAGGGACGAGGGGAUCUCUGUGCACGACCUCGAGAAGGCCCUCCGGCACGUCUUCAAGAAGAUUGCCCUGCCCUUCUCCCCGCACAAGUCUGGCAGCGUGCGCGAGGCCGAGCUGUCAGACUUGCUCCGCCGCUGCACGGACACCAUCCAGCGCCAGGUGUCCGGCCUCGGCUGCGGGGCCGCAGAGCUCCCGGGCGUGCCGAGCAGCACGGCGGGCCCCACGGCCUCCAGAGGGUUGGGUGGCGCGCUCGACCUGCAGUUCAGCCGCCUUGUUUCGCCAGCCUCGGCGGCCUCGGAAGACUCACGGCAGCAGACGCUGGCCGCAUUAUCUUGGAGCACUGGCCAACAGAGUCUGGCCUGCGGCAAGCGCACCCUCGGCGGUGUCGGCGAGAAUCCGGCCAGCAGUACACCAAACCUGGCUGGCGACGGUUCCCCCAACAUGUUGAGCUGAGCCCAGGGUGUUUUUUUUCUCACUGUGGGCGCUCGGGGGGGGAAGGCUUCCUUUGCCUUCCCCCCAUCGCCACCCCCGCCAGUUUAAUCAAAUCACUACCUGUCUGUGUAUUAGGCCUGCGACCUGUAGUGAAGGUCGGGGCGUCAGUGAUACGAAAGAAUGAGCGGAGGAUUGGCAGAAGCGUUCUGCCCUAGGGAAUCGCAGGGACGUGCUAGAAAAGUGGGCUGUGUUCCCUGCGCCUUCGCAGUCCUUUCGAAAAGGAGCAGUUCGAACGUGACACGUAGGCCGCAUGCGCGUCUGUGGGAGCCUUUUCACGCUUUGCAUGCGCGGAUGACUUUGCAGCGGCUCGGGCGUGCCAUUGAAGCAUGUCCGCAUGCUUCUGCGAAUUGUGGCCUUCUUCUCUGCACGGCGCGGCGCGGAUGCAGCCUCUGACUAUGACUACGCAUGUGAAGAACUCCCCCCC